GAAAGAGUGGUGCUGAUUAGCGAAUCCAAAAUCACUUAAAUGAAAGCCCACUUGUGAUUCGCCCUAAGUAGACCAAAGCCCCGGUGGGCUGAACAGGCUGGACAGAGGUAUGAGGAGGGAGCAGAGGCUUGGGCGCCAGCUAAGACUGGAAUUCAGACCCUCGUCACUUACCCGAAGAAUUGGAGUAGUCUCCUAAUUGGUCACCCGUCUCAGAGUGAAGAAAACCAGCAUCCUGAGGAAUUUGUUUGCUUAAGACAUCUCCGAUCCAUAAAAGGAGAAUCGAGAGGAACACUUGAGCCACCAGAAGCUGGAGAACAAGGAAGGAUCCUCUUAGAGGCGGUGUGGCCCUGCAGACAGCUUGGCCUUAGACUUCUGGCCUGGAAAACUGAGAAGGAAUCCGUUUCUAUUGUUGCUUUCUGUAUUUGUCUGGAUGCCUUCAUAAACCGGGGAGCGUGUGCAGAAGGCAGCGGCGGGAGCACCAAGGACACUGGACUGUGAGGCUCCCAGGGCGGCAGGAUGGCUGGCACCGUGCUCGGAGUGGGAGCAGGCGUGUUCAUCUUAGCCCUGCUCUGGGUGUCGGUGCUGCUGCUCUGUGUGCUGCUAUCCAGAGCCUCCAGGAUGGCGAGGUUUUCUGUCAUUUUUAUAAUCCUCGGUGCUCUGAUCAUCACAUCAGUGCUGUUGCUUUUCCCCCGGGCUAGUGAAUUCCCAGCCCCAGACGUGGAAGUUAAGAUUGUGGAUACCUUUUUCAUUGGCCGCUAUGUCCUGCUGGCUUUCCUCAGUGCUUUCUUCUUUGGAGGCCUCUUCUUGGUUCUCACUCAACAUGUCCUGGAGCCCGUCUAUGCCAAGCCACUGCGGUUCUACUGAGCGCGGGUGGGGAGAACCAAGACCCUGCUGUCCUCUCCUUGGUUGUGAUGGUGGCAUUGAUGAGCAGAAAGGACAAUUUGGAGUCUUGUUUUGACAGUCCUCAUGCCUUAAGAUCAGAGGAAUAUCCAUUUAUCACUAAGAUAAAUCUCUUGCGCCCUGGCUUCCAGAAAUAGGGUUGCAAAAUUGUCCCUGUGGGGACAGAUUCUCACCAGCUUAUGAGGGAUGUCGCUACUUGUACCUAAGAAUUUCUAUCCCUUGAAAGGGCAAUAGUAAUGAUGCUUAGUAGAUUUUUAAGUCAAUAAGUGGAUUUUGGGAAAAGGAGCACUUUGGCUUCUGCUCUCCAAUAAAAGAAUGUGCUCUAUUUUGAUAAUAUGUAAAAUUCUUCGUUAUGAGGUGGGAAUCAUUUGGAAAGGAAAGACUGUCAAAUUCAAAAGUUUAUUUUAAUGUGGUAAUUGGGAAGACUUAGAGAUUGGGUACUGACCACUCUAUGCAUGUAAUUCCACGGAACUCCAUAAAGGCAGUGGUGGGUGUCACUUUGCUCUAACAUAGUAAUAAACAACAGCCAAAGGGCCGACUUGUACUUCAAACUCUUGGCCACAGCUUCUGAAUCUACUGUAUUGAUAUUUCAGAUUUACUGGGCUGUGUAUCUCUGGGGCGUCUGCAGUGAUCUGGUGGUCUCCGUGUGCUUUGUUUAAUUACCAGGAGAGGUAAUUUGGGGUUGUCCUCGCUUUUCCUCUUUGUAACCCUUUCUCCAAAACUAGCAAGGAAGGUAUAUUCUCAGCAUUAGAUACAACUUUAUAUCAGUCUAAUCUCCCAAACCAAGUGAAAUUUGUCAUUAAAUGGAGAGGUUUGGUCUGGUUUUAUUUUGGAAGUCUGAUCCCAACUUCCUAGAGCUAUAUGGAAAAGGGCCUUCUGGCUUAAAGCUAAGAAUCAAGGAAACAGGUUGGAACAAGAACAUGGAGUACAUGCCAUAUGCUAAUAGCACGCUAAUUCCUUUGAGGUUUAUUUAAUUUUUACGACAGUCUAUUAUCAUCCCCAUUUUAAAAUAGACAAAAAUUGAGACUUAAAGAGAUUAUCUGACUUGCUCAAGCUUCACAUAAUAGCCAGUAUGCAAAGCCAGGUGUGGCAGACUCCAGGGCCUGUCUCAGACAGGAAAGAAAACACACUAAGCUUGGUGGAACUCUGAUUGAGAGCCUGAGGAAGAUUAAAGCCACUGUUCCUUUGCUGCUGUUCCUGGAUCCUGUUGUCAGGGUAAAGGUACCCAGUCCUGCCACCCCAGGCGCCACUAAGCUCUAAAUUACAAAAGGAGAGAACAUGUGACCAGUGAGUCACGGGCUAGCGAGAGCCGGUAUAGUUAUCCCCACACUUGAACGGUCUCCUUUAUCUUACUUACUCAGUUUGGGAAAGCUUUGCAGAUAAGGCUUUAUACAGAAUGUUUCAAAAGAAACAGUUUCUUAAUCUGGCCUAAGGCAUACAGGUCAAGAAAAGAAGAAACAUCUCCCAAGCAGGUUGAAGGAGAGAAAGGAGAAUACGGAAAUAUUGGGGGGAGUUGAGUAAGCUGGGGGUUUCACGCUAUCGCGUAUCUGGCACAGAAGCUCCCAGGUGCCUGUGAGUCUCUGGUCAGAGAUGUUGAGUCAGCCCCAGUGAAGGUCUGACUCCUAGUAAACAAGGCUGCCAAUUGUCAUCUUCUUCUAAGAGACUUGCUGGGAAAACAACCUUGAGAAAACUAUUACAGGUUCCUGACCAUGACUCCAUCGUUUUUCCCCACAAAAGAGGUACCCAACUAUUAUAACAAUGGAUAAUAGCUAUGAGGUUUGGAGGACUAUUCAGAUGGAGAAAAAUGUGUUAUGGUUAGAGAUAAUGUUCUUUCUUGAAUAUCACUGCUACCUAAUAGUUUUCUUUGCCAGAUGUACAUGGUAGGCUUGUGUGUUAAACAGAAAAUAUGCUUUGUGCCUACCUUCCGUAGAUCCCUAGUCUAUAGUUACCAGCUGUGUUAAAUGAAUGAUAGAUUACUUUCUGUCUGCAUACUCAAAACAGUCAUGUCCAAUCCCUUGGGGAAAAACCCAUGGGGUCAGAAUAAGAAGUAGAAAGCAGGCGGUGCCCAUAGCUCAGUGGGUAGGGCAACAGCCACAUACAUGGAGGCUGGUGGGUUUGAACCCAGCCCAGGCC